AUAGUUUCCUAAAAGGACGGCUUUCAUUUCAAAACGUUUUCCCUCGAAUAAAUUCCGUUGCAGUUGGAACCAUAGUGCAAAACUUUUUCUGUAACUUGUGCUAAACUGCCUAAUUUAAUCAAUUUUUAAUUCUUAUUAUAUUUUACUAGACUCAAUAAAAAUCACUCAAGAUGUUUUGGGGAUUGAUAAUGGAACCACAAAAGCGUUAUAGCCAAGUUGUCAAAAAAGCGUUUCACAUAUCCAUGGCGUCCUUGGAUAUUUCUAACUCUGAUGACCAGCCAGCUCAAGUUCUUUGUGGAUAUGAAGGCAAAAACUAUUUGCUUUGUACUUUGCAGAAACCAGAAAAACUUCAAUGCAACCUUGAUUUAUAUUUCGAGGAAGGUCGGUCUGUAUCUUUUGCCUCCAAUGGAAAGAGUCUGAUUCAUCUCACUGGCUAUCUUACUAAAGAUGGUUUUGAAGGUGAUAGUGAUGAAGAAGAGGCCCAAGAGUUUGAAGUGCAGGCAAAAAAGAAAUCGAGAGGUCGUGAUGGUCCUGGGAAAGAACCAUCAAGCAAAAAACUGAAGCUGGACUAUCUACUUGAGGAUUGUGAUGAAGAGGAUUCUGAUGAUUCAGAUUUUAACAUUGAGGAGGUGAUGGAAGAACAAGUGUCAGGAGAAGGAUCUGACGAGGAUGAGGAGAUAGGAGAUAUUCUCGAUGAAGGUUUAGAAGAGGAAGAUGAAAGUAUGGGUGAAGAUGAAGAUGAGGAGGAAGAAGGUGAAGAAGAGGACAGCGAUGAUGAUGAUGAUGAUGAGGAGGACUUGGAAGAUGCCGCAGAUGAAGAGGUGAAGGUUGAGGAAGAAAAAGUUGUGCAGAAUGGUUUGAGCAAGAAAUCCAAAAAAAAGAACAAGAAAGAAGAAGAACAGUCAACACCUACAAUCAAAAAUAAGCAAAGUAAGGAGAAACCGCACCAGCUUACACCAGGUCCUAAAACAAAGAAAUCUAAUGCAGAAGACAAAAAGGGUAAUGAAAAGGAAGAGAAAAAAACCAAAGAAAAUCAAUCUUCAGUUCCUAAAAGAAAAACGUUAUCACAUGGUAUCAUCAUUGAAGACUUGAGACCUGGUCAGGGGAACACUGCAACUAAUGGAAAAUUCAUUCAUGUAUACUAUGAAGGGCGUUUGCAGAGUAAUAACAAGCUAUUCGAUAAAACUCUGAAUGGUCCUGGAUUUGGUUUCAGAUUGGGAAAAGGUGAAGUUAUUAAGGCUUGGGAUAUUGGAGUUAAUGGAAUGAAAGUUGGAGGAAAGAGAAGGAUAAUAUGUCCUCCUCAGGUUGCUUAUGGCUCCAAGGGAUCUCCACCAGUGAUUCCACCUAAUGCAACCCUUGUGUUUGAAGUCGAAUUGAAGAAGAUCAAGUGAGCUUAGGGAAUUUCUACUUAUUCGAAAUUACUUUUCCUAUUUCAUCAUGUCGACAAGGUACAAGUUGUUCCAGCUGAUUUAAAUGAGGGGAAAUAAAGUGAUGAAAUUAUUUAAUGGACUGAUAUUUUUAUAAUAUGAAUACUUUUUAGAUUAUCUAUUUUUAAAUGGAAGAACCAGGUAUCAGAUUGUUGUAUGUUAGCUUUACAGUGAAUUUUGUUUUUAUGUUAAAUUCAACACUUGGUUCCAUGGUAACUGUUUAUGUUUCAUUUUUUUGUAUUGUUUUCUCAGUGUUUCUGUUUUUUCCUCAGUGAAAUAUUCUUUCGAUUAAAUUUUUUUGAUUAUAA